AUGUUCCCGGUGGGUCCGGGUGUCCCGGUGUUCCCGGAGUCCCGGGGUGUCCCGGUGUGUCCCGGGGUCCAGGUGGAUCCCGGUGGUAUCCCGGUGGAUCCCGGUGUUCCCGGGGUCCCGACCCGCAUGCGCGGCUCGGGGUGGGGGGGACUCAGCCCCUCCUCGCUUCCCAUUGGCUGGUUCCCUCCGCCCUGCGCUGCCAUUGGCUGGCGCCGGGGGGGGCGGGGCCAGAGGCGGCCAUGGCGACGGGCGGCGGCGGGGACGGGGCUGGAGCGGCGGGGGGGGCUGAUUUGGGCUGAAAACAAGAGGCUGAACAAGGGGCCGGAUGUGGUGGAGAAAAGGGGACCGUACCUCGUGGGCAAACCUCCCUCCAUUCAUGCCAAGCUCCAGCGGCAGCGCCAGCAGGCGAGGGCAGCGCUGCGGAGGCAGGGGCUGCUGGGGGGACCUGCCCCCCACCACCUGAACCCACCACCUAAAAGGUCGGUGAAGUUUAACAAGGGCUACACGGCGCUCAGCCAGACAGCGGAUGAAAACCUGGUCUCCCUCGAGUCAGACAGUGAUGGGGAGCUGGGAUCCAGAUGUUCCUCAGGCUACUCCUCUGCCCAGAAGGUGAACCAGGACCUGAGCCGGCAGCUGCUGCAGGACGGGUACCACCUCGAUGAGGUCCCUGAUGAUGAAGACCUGGAUCUCAUCCCCCCCAAACCCAUCUCCUCCUCGUGUUGCCCCUCUUGUUUCGGAGCAAACGUCUCCUGUGUCAUCCAGUAGCCGCCGCUCGGCCAGAGCUGAGCAAGGAUGGGUCACAAGCCAGCACUUUCUGUGUCCCCUGGGAUGGCUGUUGGUGCCCCUGUCCCACCCCAGGAUGGUGACACAAGGACUGAACGAUGCUGCCCUGCUGCUGGUGGUGAGCAGCAGCCAAGCCCAGAGGACUUAUGCUCAGCAGUAUCAGGGAGAAGGUGGCACUGAGGUGGCCUGGAUGGUGUGGGGAGGGAGGAGAGGCACCUCCACGGACACGUGAAGGGAAGGAAUUGGGAGGAAGAGCAGGAAAUUCCUCUUUUCUUCCUUUUUUUUUUUUGGCCACGUUGAGGACUAGGACCUGGCCCAGCCAGGGGUUGCCCUCCCCAGGGAAGAGGUGGGGUUGAACAGCUGUGGUGUGAGACCAAGCCGGGAAGUCCUGAAACCCCUUUUCUAUUUAUUUUAGCUUUAGUCACCCCUCCUCCUUGGCAGGCUGAGGCCAAGCCAGGGGUUGGGGUUGGCUGGCAGGGAUCUUCCUCCCUUGACCAACAGCUGCUGCUUGCACCUUAGAGCUGCUGGGUUCUCCCAAAGCCUGAACCAAAGAUCACUGUUCCAAUAGAGAAGACAGGAAGGAGGAACCCAACAGAGCAGGUCACUUGAAGCAUCCUCAGUUGUGAGACCCACCAGCAGCUACUGCUCAGGCUGGGAUCUCUCUGCUUUCCUCCUCUCAGGGGACCUGCUGAGUCCAUUGGUUGUGGGUUUGGAGCUCAAAGCUUGUUCCAGCUCUCCCCAAAGCUGCCUAAAUGCAGGCAGGGGCCAGUGCAGCCUCAUGAUGCCAGCUCUGCACAGCUUCUCUGGGGGACCCUACCUGCUGUCAACCUUCCAAGCUGCCUUAAAUGGUCCUGCUCUACUGCACAGAGGACAAUCAGCUUCUUAGAAACUAUUUAAAAUACUUGAUGUCUAGAGCUCCGAACUGGGAGUUUCUUUUUAUAUCUUCCUUGCUGAAGGGAGCACUCAAUAAACUGGAUCUAGUUACUCAGA